AACAAGUUCGGAUUUGAACUGGCUGGAGACAAAAAAAGGGCAGAGUCGACCUGGAGCAGACGGUGUAAAAACUACUACAUAGACUCUGGUCCUUGGAAAAAAAUCAUUUCCACGGGUAAAGCUUGUUGUGCUGCACGCAGGGAGUCGAGAAUGAGCACCGCCAGAGUGUCGUGUCCGUCCCCGGAGCUGCGGAGAGCUCGCCCCGCCCGGCCGGUUGGUAUGCCUCGGAGCUCGGCUUGCAGGCGACUCUUCGGCCCGGUGGAUCAUGAGGAGCUUGAGAGGGAUCUGCGGUCGAAAAUUGCCGCGAUUCAUGAAGAGUCCAGGCAAAAAUAUAACUUUGACUUUGAAGCCGAGCGUCCCCUGGACGGCAGAUUCGAGUGGGAGAGAGUUAGCGACGCGCCGUCGUUCUACAUCGGCCGCGUCAACAUCUCGGUUUCUGCAGCUCCUACGGCCGCCGAGUCGCACACCCCCGGGCAGCUGGCCUGCACCGCCGCGCGGUCUACUACGGAAGGUUCCCCGGGAACGGAACGAGAAGCGGCCACGGGAACUGUUGCAACGAACUCUGUGUGUGUUGGAGAACACGGGGAAUCGAGAGUAGACGCGAGAGUAGAGGAUUUGGGUGCAGAAAUCAGCUCGACUGACUCCGCUGGUUCGGAGACACAAGGCUCGGCCGCCCCGGGGAAUACACCCGACUCAACCCCGACCAUGUCCCGAGGUGUCAAGCGUCAAACAAGACUAACAGAUUUCCAUUCCCAAAGGAAGAGGGCGAAAAGAAGGCAGCAGCAGGCAGUGGCUAGCAAGGAAAACAAGCAGCACUCAAGAUCGGAAACGCUCCCAGCACAUCCAUGGAUCCAGCCGUAGUUUGUAGAAGACUACACAAGACUCAAGAGAGGAGAGUUUGCCAAGUGGAAUCAUCGAAUCUUGUUGCUGUAGAUGUCAGAAACCAGCCUUAUCCAGUCCUGUUUGCGUCUGACAUACAAUGGAAGACUCAGAGACACUUCUUUUUGUUCUUGAAAAAAGCUAGGCACCAGUAUGGUGUAACCAAGGAGGUUAUAUUGGUGUAAACCAGGCACAAACUAGCUGUAGAUUUCUUACACUUGAAUCAUGCAUAAUCAAUCCAUUUAUGCAAAUCUUCUGUGCAUAUUUGAUGAGGGAAUGUUGCGACGCCUUGUUAGAGUGUAAAAAAGUGAAUGUGCAAAUAUCUUUUCGAUAAUUAUGGCUGUGUGAAUUCACCCCUAGUGGGUUGUAAGUUACUUGUGUCAAAACUGUGUCAACAAUCAAUACUAGGAUAACACGAUCUACACACAGCGUGUUAAUGUUUAUGUUUGUUUCAUGUACAUAGAAGGGGAAAGUAUGGUGAGUGCGUUUGCACAGGCCAGCCCCAAAUACUGCCAAAUCUAUUUGCUUUAUUUUACAUAAUUCGAAACUAUGUAAAAAUGCACAAGCAUGCACAAUGCAUUUUCUCUGUGUCUCGGUACUGUGUAGUAUUUAUAUAGAACUCCUUACCAAGAGUAAGUUGAACAUCAAUGUAUAUACAAAUUUCAUCAAAGAAUUUUGUAGUGCUAUGUAUAUAUUUUUGUUAGGAAUGACAAUGCCUACAUUGUAUAGAGACCAAACACUGUGGACAGAAAAAUAAAAAUCAUCUUCGCUGAAUCGAACUUUA